UUUUAGUACCACCUUUCUGAGAUAUGGCUUAAAAAUAGCAUACACUUGUAUUUUGUGAAUUUUCUGAAAGUUUUACCUCUUACACCCUUUGCAUUUUUAGUUCUCACUUCUAUCAUCUUGUUCUCUGGUUUAUUUUAUACCUCCUUGUUCCCACUCCCCUUGGUGGUUUUGGUGUUUUUUUGUUUUUGUUUUGGGGUUGUGGUUUUGUUUUUUUUUCUGGAAUGGAAGAGUGGCUACAUAUUCUGUGGUCUUUCGAAGUUAUAUAUCUUGGCUUUUAAUUCAGCAGGGGUCUCAUAUUGAUGAUUUUUUAGAUGGAAUUUAAUAUUUUGAGUUGCCUUUUUGACCAACAAGAAGGGGGCUUUAUUUCAGAAGUUUGAGUAGUUUGGUUGGAUGGUCUGGGAAAGAGGUCUCUGAAACCCCAACCUGACUCCUGAGAAGCAGAGAAGUUUAGGGCAUCUCCCCUGGGUGUCAGGAGGAGAGUUUAGGCUUGCCUACGUAGCAGUAAGAGAGUAUACUGUUUAGAUCUCCCUCUUUGCCAGCUGCCCCUUCAUUUCAAUUUAGGGCUUCUAGGCCUUUCCUGGGCAUGGUUCCCAGAAAGUCCCUCUGCUGCUGCUACCCUGAUCAGGUUUCUGGAUCUGUUAAUAAUAGACAACAGUGGGGGAAGGGCCAGGAUCAUUAUGGAAAUAGGAGCAACUAAACCAGAUGGACAGUUCCUAUGCACAGGGCCCUGUCUGUCUGCUCCUGUCCUGUGUCUGAGGAGCAUUCUGCAGUGAACAUGUCUUCUAAGCCAUUCUUUGGAGCCACAUUAACCUUGUGAAGGUCUCCAAGUGCCUUUCCCCAAAAUCAGAACACAUGAUCUGGGGUGCUUAUGAGAACACUGAAACAGAAUGUUUGAGAUUCGAACUCUACCAGAAAACCCUGGAGGGGUGAUAAUACCCCUCACAGAACACCCAGAAGGGAAGGAGGUUGGGCCGCAAUUAGGUGAGGCAAAUAGUGACUCAGAGAGGCAAACUCUAUGUAAUCCUGGAAUCCAGAAGGGGAGUGGGGAAGGUGAAGGGCAAGUAUGGAAAAAUAAGGACAUGAUGAUGUUGGAGAAGUGGAAAUGGGAGAGUAAGACGAGCAUGUGACACAGGACCACUAUUAAGUAAAAUAUGAAAUCAACACAGUUUAAAUCUUGAUGCCUCCUAAUCUUCCUGUUCUCCAUGAAUGGACUUCCGUCUUCUGCCUGUGCUCCCUGCAUACUCCUUUUCCUUUACCAAAACCUGCUCGUAGCACAGUAAACUCAACUUAGGUCACGACUCCUCCCUCCUCCCAAAAGUAACCACUAUCCUGACAUUUAUGGUAAUCACUCAGGAUUUUAUUUUAAUGGGACUAACGAUUUAGCUAUAAAUAAUCACUGAUGGUAGACUAUUAGGCAGUUGAGGGAUGUUUGGGGGAGCCACAAGAGGCAGCUGGAUCUCAGCACACUCAAAAAUCACACCACUUCGUACAGUUAGUUCCCUCUGUGCCUAUGAUUAAGACACACCUCACCAGAAGACGAUCCCACAGAACUCCAAGUACAGUGCUGUGCCCUAUGCCCUCAGCUCCAUACUGUCAUCCACUGAUCCAGAAAGAACCAUACCCCACAGUCUUCCCAAGGCAGAGCAAAAGUAGGUCCCAGCUCACAGUACUUGGGCGAGUGUAAGGGACUGACAGUGUCUGCUGCUGACAUGUGAGUCUAGGACAUUGCCUAAACUUCCCUGGGCCUUAGUUUCUCACUGUGAAGUAUGGGGCCAUGAUAAAGCCCUUUACAAUCCCCUAUUCCUCACCUAACUUGGUGCCCUUUCCUCAAUCUUGGUUUCUGUUUCCGCUGCCUAUUUAUACACGCUGUAAGAAGCUCAUUACCUUCCUUUUCCAGUUGGGUGUCUUUCCAGCCUUGUGCUCCUCUUUUUGCCCUUGAUCCUCAGACACCAUGAUUCUGCUUCAUUUCUACAUGUACCAUUAUAAAAACAGAUAUACGUCCUUGCAUAUUAGAGGUGCUGAACAAGUGGUUGUAGAAUGAAUGAAUAUAUGAAACAAAUUGUUUUCUACAUUCACGUAUGCAUUCCUUCAAUAUUUAUCAAGUACCUAAUAUAUACGUAGAUACCAACCUAUCCCUCUACACAAAUCAUUCCUCUCCUCCUUUUCUCAUCUUCCCCCUUUCCCAUUCUAUCUUUUUUCCUUUCCCUGAGCCAUAGAGUUAGACUGAGUGCCCGGCAAGGCAGGAUGCAGAGACACUUCUGCCAGUGGAAACAGACACCAUGGAAAGGAGCCAGAUGAAAUAAGGGCAAAGACAGCUGUACAACACACAGAGAGAAACCAACCAGAAUGAAAAGCAGUGAUUCAUGGAGCACUGCAACUCGGAUACUCCUUGGGUUUCACUCUGAGAGCUACUGCAGGACUGAGGUCAGUGAGGGCUGGCAUCAAGAUGAAGGACAGACAGGCUCCUCCUCCCUGGAGAUGUGAUGCCCGUCAAUCCCUCCCUUUAAUCCUCUUCUGCGCACCCCACCCCCACUACUCCCUCACACUGACCAGUGUCCUGGGCCUUUAAGAGUUGGAUGGGCUGGACUGAGGAGAGCGCUCACACCUCUCCCCACCCUACUCUUUCUAUCUGACUGUAAGUCUGCCAGUGACAGCAGCAAACUGCAGCAGAAGAGGGGAGGAAGCCAGUGAGUGCAAGAGAAGCAAAGGAGAAAAGGAGCCCUCCUGGGUUUCCUCGGCCCACAGCAGAGAGCAUCGCAGAUCUCAGACACAGGACUUCUCUCCUGCCCACGGUAAGGGCCUGGAGGCUCAGACCAGCCUCUGCUCCAAGCUCUGGCCUGUCUGAGUCCCUAACUCUGCCCUCCACAUGCUUACCCACCCUGACCAAAUCAUACCCUGGACUCUUUUGCCUGAACAGGCCUACAGGGCUCUGACCUCCUGGUUUUCUCUAGCUUAACCUCUUUGACUUAUAGUUUUCCUGCUGGUUGUAUCAGUCACCUCUUUAUAUGAGGACCUCUUAGCUACCCAGGCUACCACUCAGAGGUGAGCCCCACCCUAGUAAGGGAAGAGAGAGAAUUGGAGCAGCCACGCUUUAGCACAAAUUCAAUUACAGAUUGUUGAGGAUUACCAAAUGAGGGCUGGCCAAGACCCAUGGGGAGUACAGAAACCCCUGGUAAUAGGGAGAGUUGUGAGACUUCCUUGGAAAGAGCCAGGGUUUGAGUUCUAUGCCUGGUUCUUAGCCUGCUCAAUGACCCAGGGCAGUUUGUUGGUGUGCCAGAGUGCUGUGCUGGGAAGAGCACUUGCUUCUAGUCCUGACUCUGACGUUAACUAGCUCUGUGACUUUGGACCACAACUUCCUGAUCUAUGAUCAGAGGGAGUGGAGGCUUCCCCAGAUUUGCUUGUGUAUCAGGAGUGCUUAUUAAAGAUAAGUAAUCCUGGACCCCAUCCUUGGAAAUCUGGAUCUGGUAGAUUUGAGGUGGAGCUAAGGAAUCUCUAUUUUAAGACACUUUCCAGGAGAUAUUGAUAUAGCCAGGAACUGCUGGAUUGAUGUGUUAUAAAAGAGGAGUCUUCAAGCUCUAACAUUCUGAGGGCUAUGACCCAUUCUGUCCUCUUUAUGUGAACCAGGUCUGUCAUAAUCCUGCUCCAAAGCAAGAGAGUAGACAGAAUGAUUCUCUUCCUUCCUACCCUCAGAGAGACCAUAGACACCGUGAAUUCCACUAUUAGCCAUUGGCGCCAUUGGCAACUCUGCCAAAGUCCAUCUCUAGGUGACAUGAAGCCACCUGGCAGUUGAGGACCAAAUCUUGCUCGGCAGUCCUUGGCUACUUCCCACUUUAUUUUGUGUCUCUAUUUUCUCAUCUGUGUUAUAGAGGUAAUUAUCCAUAUCCUCGAGGAUCUCCACAUAUGUGCCUAGGAGUAAACAGUUAAGACCCAAUCUCUCUUACUCUCAGUCAUUAUCCUCUGCUCCUUGCCUUUUGCUCUUGCUCCCACUUCCAAAUCCUUUUUCCCUCUUCUCCUAACUGCACCUACAUCAGUUGUGACCAUCCUUCCCAUCCUACCUUCAGGCACCAAAGGAAACACCAAGACCUAGAACACCUGGGUUCUAAGUCUCAUUCUCUGGGCGGUUUGUUUAGUCAGUCUCCUAGGAUACAGGGGAAAAUGAGGCCGAGCAGAGGGAUGUGAUACUCAGUAUCCGAACCCAAGUGUCCCCUUUCCAGGCUCUCAAACUCCUCACAGCGGAAGAGAACCAGAGCUAUUGAGAAUUAGAAGAGAAACAAAAGAGGAAGGAGUAAUGAAGAGAAGGUAUAAGGAGAAGGAUGAGAAGAGGAGAGCAAAGAGAGGCUGACUUAAGUGAGCAAACAGGGAGGCAGAAAGAGGAUGAGAAGAGAAGAGUGAGCUGGGGAGAAAGGAAAAGGAAGGGGUCAAGCAGAGAAUGGGGAAAGGAAAGAUAGAAAAGAAGGGCUAUUAAGUGGAAUACGGUGGGAACAGAAAAUGAUGGGGAGGAGAGACAAAACACUGAUGUCCCUCAUUCAGUCUUAUCUCUGCUUUAAUCUGCUUCCUAGAGAAAGCCCUUUCUAAGGGCAGAGUCUCAGUGAGACCUCUGAGGUGGUCAUAUAGAGACCUCAGUUCUAGUCCCAGCUCUGCCACUUAAUUCAUUAGGCGACUGGCAGUUCAGCUAGUCCUCUGUCCCCUUCUCUAUAAAAUGCAGUCCAGCUCUGACAUUCUGUGGCUCCCUGAGUUGAAACUGGCCCUCUAAUGGCCACAUGUCACCUAGAUACAGGUUUAAAAUAGUGAUUCAGGAGUGGGAGCAGGAUUGGAAGAGCAUGCCGAGCUCUGGGAUUGGAAAAGUUUGACGAGAGAGGUUAAAAUAAUUUUCUAAGGCUGGUUUGAGAGGAGGUAGGGGUGUCCCAGCAAAAUAGGGGUGUCCCAGCACUUGGGCUCUGUUCUCAGGCUUCCCAUGUUUCAGGACAUCAUGGUGAGGCUCCCAGACACAGGCAUAAGGGAAGGUAAUUCUGUCUUCUUCCAGGGCCAAGGCCCACCCAUCCCAGAAGUUCAGAGGAGAGAUGAGGCAGGAUGUUGGCAAGGGGGAUUAGGCUUCAGCCCGGGUUACCUCAACCUCCCUUAGAGUCUGAGGACCUAAGACAUUUAAGAAAGACCUGUUACUUUUCAGUCUUCAUACAGCUUUUGUAAACCUCAGAUUCCAAACUGUGCAUCCCCACCCAGCAAAGCAGAGAUGCUUUUCUGUCUUCUUUUCUUCCUUCUUCAAUCAGAGGUUUCUUCUGGUCUCACCCAAGCUUACACAUUUGGCAUCAGCCAGCAAAACCUUUCCCUGACAGUUGGAACUGUCUCAGGGUUCUUGCUCUCCUGAGAGCUGCCUUGAGAUAUUUCUUCUGCUUAGGCUCAAACUGAUUCCCUGCACAUUUCUACUCCUUUGGAAAGCCUUCUCUAGGUCCUGCAGUCAGGAAAGCUGUAUUCUCAGUGAUCUCCACAUUAUUCCUGAAGACUUAGUCACCCUGGGUGACUUUAUAGUCUCUUCCUACUUAAGGGAGAUAGGGCACUAAUAUGCUGUGUGACCUCAGAUAAGUCACAUCAUAUUUCUGGACUUCUGCUUUUUCAUUUGUAAAACGUAGGGAGUUGAACUGCAUGAUGUUUCAAUGGAGUACUAACUGAAUGAUUGGUUUAAGGAUUCUUUCAGUUUUUUAGAUGUUCACCACUGUCAAAAUGUUAAACUUAUUAAUUAAAAACCACAACAUUUUUAUUCAAGUGUAGAUCCUUUGCUUAUACAAGAGCAUAGAGCUUUAUGUUUCAUGGGCUUGGCCAGUUUCAGCAUGAUUUGGUUAAGAGUCGAGUAUAUCUCUUCUUGAGGCAGAGCUAGAAUCAAAGUGGCCACAAAUCAAAUCUUCUAGUUCUUUUCAAGGCAAGUUUGUUGUUAGCUAUUAGGACAACCUAACCAGUCCUAAAUUAGACAGCACAUAUUUAAAGGUAGGAACUCUUUUUUAGUAGGUAGAGAAAACUUGAAAAUGCAGUUCUGAGACUAUGUAACUUAUCUGGUCCAUUAAAACUGUGAGAAUUACUUUUAUGAAAAGGAGUAUAAAAUAUACUUUAUCAUGUGAAGGUAGAAGUGGCUUAUUUAAGUAGGUGCAGCACCAAGCGUUGUAGAAGAGACAAAAGAAAUACUCUGGGGCUUCCCUGGUGGCGCAGUGGUUGAGAGCCCACCUGCCGAUGCGGGGGACACGGGUUCGUGCCCCGGUCUGGGAAGAUCCCACAUGCCGCGGAGCGGCUGGGCCCAUGAGCCAUGGCCGCUGAGCCUGCAGGUCCGGAGCCUGUGCUCCACAACGCGAGAGGCCACAACAGUGAGAGGCCUGCGUACCGCAAAAAAAAAAAAAGAAAUACUCUGGCUUAGCCCUUCUGGAGCUGGAUGACCUAUGUGGGAGCAUGGGGAGGGCUUCCGGAGGAGGGAGCUGGGACGAUUCCACUUGGAGAAGGGAAGGCUAGGAUGCAGAGAGAGUCUAGUUUCUGAAAGGGGACAGGCAGCAAGUUGGUGAUUCCUAAUAAUGGGGAACUGAGACGUGUGGUCAGCAUUACCUCGUGGAUAGCAGGAUAUUGGGAAGGAAGGGGUAUUUGGCAGAAAGCCCUGGUGUGGCCCUGUCGGAGAUGGCUGCGGGAAACAGCAUAGGCUCUGGAAUCAGAUAUAUUUGGGUUUAAAUUCCGAGUCCCUGUGUGACUGAGGCAAGUUUCUUAGCCUCUCUAAGCCUCAGAAUCACCAAACUCAAAUCAGAAGUAAAAAGAGCUACAAACUAUGUAGAUGAAGUAGCUGACAUACAGUGUGCAGUCAAGAAACACUAGCUUCCUUCUCUUCCUCCGCUGAUCUGUUAUUCUAAGACCCCGAGAUUAACCUAAAGCCUCUUGCUGCUGCUCCUUGCUCCUUUAGGUGACUCUGGCAUCAGCUGGUGAAGCAGUGGGUGAUGGCAUCCCUGCUGCAAGGCCGGCUGCCUGUUAAUCAAGACCUGCUGCUGAUGCAGAAAGGCACGCUGAUGCGCAAGGUGAGGUCCAAAAGCUGGAAGAAGCUAAGAUACUUCAGACUUCAGGACGAUGGCAUGACAGUCUGGCAUGCCCGGCAGGCCGGAGGCAGGGCCAAGCCCAGCUUCUCAAUAUCCGACGUGGACACAGUGCGUGAGGGCCACGAGUCUGAGUUGCUGCGAAGCCUGGCAGAGGAGUUCCCCCUGGAGCAGGGCUUCACCAUCGUCUUCCAUGGCCGCCGCUCCAACUUGGACCUGGUGGCCAACAGUGUCGAGGAGGCCCAGAUCUGGAUGCAGGGGCUCCAGCUGUUGGUGGACUUUGUCACCAGCAUGGACCAACAGGAGCGGCUGGACCAACCUGGAUGGCUGAGUGAUUGGUUCCAGCACGGAGACAAAAACCAGGAUGGUCGGAUGAGUUUCGGAGAAGUCCAGCGGUUACUGCACCUGAUGAAUGUGGAAAUGGACCAAGACCAUGCCUUCCAGCUUUUCCAGAGAGCAGAUGCAUCCCAGUCUGGGACUCUGGAGGGAGAAGAAUUUGUAGAGUUUUAUAAGUCAUUGACUCAGCGUCCUGAGGUGCAGGAACUGUUUGAAAAGUUUUCAUCUGAUGGGCAGAAGCUGACACUGCUGGAAUUUGUGGAUUUUCUCCAAGAGGAGCAGAAAGAAGGAGAACGGGCUUCUGACCUUGCUCUAGAACUCAUCGACUGCUAUGAGCCUUCAGAUAGCGGCAAACUGCGGCAUGUGCUGAGCAUGGAUGGCUUCCUCAGCUACCUCUACUCAAAGGACGGAGACAUCUUCAAUCCGACCUGCCUCCCCAUCUACCAGGAUAUGACUCAGCCCCUGAACCAGUACUACAUCAGCAGUUCCCACAACACCUACCUAGUGGGAGACCAGCUUUGUGGCCAGAGCAGCGUGGAGGGAUACAUACGGGCCCUGAAGCGAGGAUGCCGCUGCGUGGAGGUGGAUAUAUGGGAUGGACCUAGCGGGGAACCUAUUGUUUACCACGGACACACACUGACCUCUCGCAUCCCGUUCAAAGAUGUUGUGGCCGCCAUUGGACAGUAUGCCUUCCAGACAUCAGACUAUCCAGUCAUCUUGUCCCUGGAGAACCACUGUAGCUGGGAACAGCAGGAGAUCAUAGCACGCCAUCUGACAGAGAUCCUGGGAAAUCAGCUACUGAGCACCACCUUGGAUGGGCAGCUUCCCACUCAGCUGCCCUCCCCUGAGGAGCUUCGGAGGAAGAUCCUUGUGAAGGGAAAGAAGUUAAAAACGCUUGAGGAGGAUCUUGAGGAAGAGGAGGAGGAGCCAGAGUCUGAACUGGAGGAGGCUGAGCUGCAGCUGGAGGCCCAGAUGGAGUCUGAGCCCCAGGAGUUGAGCCCUCGCAGUAAGGACAAAAAGAAGAAAUCCAAGCCCAUCUUAUGUCCAUCCCUCUCUGCCCUGGUUGUCUACUUGAAGGCUGUCACAUUCUACAGCUUCACUCAUUCGAGGGAGCACUACCGCUUCUAUGAAACAUCAUCUUUCUCUGAAGCCAAGGCCAAGAGCCUCAUCAAGGAGGCUGGCAAUGAGUUUGUGCUGCACAAUACCUGGCAGUUAAGCCGUGUAUAUCCCAGUGGCCUGAGGACAGAUUCAUCCAACUACAACCCCCAGGAGUUCUGGAAUGCAGGCUGCCAGAUGGUGGCUCUGAAUAUGCAGACUGCGGGGCUUGAGAUGGACCUGUGUGAUGGGCUCUUCCGUCAGAAUGCUGGCUCCGGCUACGUGCUGAAGCCAGACUUCCUGCGUGACGCCCAGAGUUCCUUCCACCCUGAGAGGCCCAUCAGUCCGUUCAAAGCCCAGACCCUCCUAAUCCAGGUAAUCAGUGGGCAGCAACUCCCCAAAGUGGACAAGACCAAAGAGGAGUCCAUUGUGGAUCCACUGGUAAGAGUGGAGAUCUUUGGCAUCCGCCAAGACACAACCCGGCAAGAGACCAGCUACGUGGAGAACAAUGGUUUUAAUCCAUACUGGGGGCAGACACUGUGCUUCCGGGUCCUGGUACCUGAACUGGCCCUGCUGCGUUUUGUGGUAAAAGACUAUGACUGGAAAUCCCGAAACGAUUUCAUUGGUCAGUACACCCUGCCUUGGAACUGCAUGCAACAAGGUUACCGCCAUAUACACUUGCUCUCCAAGGAUGGCAUCAGCCUCCACCCAGCCUCCAUCUUCGUGCACAUCUGCACCCGGGAAGGGGUAGAGGGGGUUGAAUUUUAAGGUGGGCACUUCACGGGAAGAGUGGGUACAUCGGCUUUAGACGGUAAGAAAAGCCUGGAAGGAUGCUCCAGAAAGCAAACAGAGGUGGUGAAAACCAAGCUUUGGACUGUGCAUUCCUAGGCACAAAAUUACUUCAUCCUUCCUGACAAGCAAAUCUAGGACCUGAUUUUUCACUUUCUUUUCCCUUUCUUCGUUUUCACCAGCCUUUGGUAUCAUUCCUGUCCUUACCCUCUGCACACUCUACACUGGAAUUCCUUCCUUCCUUCCUCUUGCUAUAGGUUCAAUACCAUACCCAGAUCUAGGACUACACUUUCACACCAACUCUGGCUCAAAGGCAGAUUGCAACUAGAAAUCCAGAGAAGGGCUUGGGGCAGACAAACCCUCAGAGGCACUAUCUCCUCCACCUCUAACUUCCUCAAAGUCCAGAGCCAAGGGAAGGACAAAUCAAGCCCCAAGGCUCCCCAGGCAAAGGCUGGGGAAGGAGAUCUGACCCCAAGACUGUAUUACGACUGUCAAGAGAACACUACACAGCCCUCAGAGUCUCCACUGGACUGCUGCUCCCUAGCCCCUCUGGUAUAAAUAGAGCUUCUCUCUCAA